CCGGCGCUCUGCUCGUGCGGUCAUGGAGGCGUCCGCCGCUGGCCUGCUGCUGCUCCUGUGGCUCGGGGCCUGGGCCCCGGUGCCCGGCAGCGCCUCCUCCGAGGCUCCGCCGCUGGUCAACGAGGACGUGAAGCGUAUGGUGGACCUGAGCAGCCACCUGGCCAAGGUGACGGCCGAGGUGGUCCUGGCGUACCCGGGCGGCGGCUCCACGUCGAGAGCCACCUCCUUCCUGCUGGCGCUGGAGCCCGAACUCGAGGCGCGGCUGGCGCACCUCAGCGUGCAGGUGAGGGGAGAAGAUGAGGAAGAGAACAAUCUGGAAGUACGAGAAACCAAAAUUAAGGGGAAAAGUGGGAGAUUCUUCACAGUCAAGCUCCCAGUUGCUCUUGAUCCUGGGACCAAGAUCUCAGUUGUUGUGGAAACUGUCUACACCCAUGUGCUUCAGCCAUAUCCAACCCAGAUCACCCAGUCAGAGAAACAGUUUGUGGUCUUUGAGGGCAACCAUUAUUUUUACUCUCCCUAUCCAACGAAGACCGAGACUAUGCAUGUGAAACUUGCCUCCCGAAAUGUGGAGAGCUACACAAAGCUGGGGAACCCCACACGUUCUGAAGACAUCUUGGAUUAUGGGCCGUUCAAAGAUGUCCCUGCCUAUAGUCAGGAUACUUUCAGAGUACACUAUGAGAAUAAUAGCCCUUUCCUGACCAUCACCAGCAUGACCCGCGUCAUCGAGGUCUCCCACUGGGGCAAUAUCGCUGUGGAGGAAAACGUGGACCUGAAGCACACGGGUGCUGUGCUGAAAGGGCCUUUCUCCCGCUAUGAUUACCAGAGACAGCCGGACAGUGGGAUAUCCUCCAUCCGUUCUUUCAAGACCAUCCUCCCUGCUGCUGCCCAGGAUGUGUACUACCGGGAUGAAAUUGGCAACGUCUCCACCAGCCACCUCCUUAUUCUGGAUGACUCUGUGGAGAUGGAAAUCCGGCCUCGCUUUCCUCUCUUUGGCGGUUGGAAGACACACUACAUUGUUGGCUACAACCUCCCAAGCUACGAAUACCUCUAUAAUUUGGGUGACCAGUAUGCACUGAAGAUGCGGUUUGUGGACCACGUGUUUGAUGAGCAGGUGAUAGACUCUCUGACAGUGAAGAUCAUCCUUCCUGAGGGUGCCAAGAACAUCCAGGUCGACAGUCCCUAUGACAUUAGCCGAGCCCCAGAUGAGCUGCACUACACCUACCUGGACACGUUUGGCCGACCUGUGAUUGUCGCCUACAAGAGAAACCUGGUUGAGCAGCACAUUCAGGACAUUGUGGUGCACUACACCUUCAACAAGGUGCUCAUGCUGCAGGAGCCCCUGCUGGUGGUGGCUGCCUUCUACAUCCUGUUUUUCACCGUUAUCAUCUAUGUUCGCCUGGACUUUUCCAUCACCAAGGAUCCAGCUGCAGAAGCCAGGAUGAAGGUGGCCUGCAUCACAGAGCAGGUCUUGACCCUGGUCAACAAGAGGCUAGGCCUCUACCGACACUUUGACGAGACUGUCAAUAGGUACAAACAGUCUCGGGACAUCUCCACCCUCAACAGCGGCAAGAAGAGUUUGGAGACAGAGCACAAGGCUGUAACCAGUGAAAUUGCAGGGCUGCAGUCCAGGCUGAAGACGGAGGGCUCUGAUCUGUGUGAUAGAGUGAGUGAAAUGCAGAAGCUGGACGCACAGGUUAAGGAGCUGGUGCUGAAGUCGGCUGUGGAAGCUGAGCGGCUGGUGGCUGGCAAGCUCAAGAAGGACACGUACAUCGAGAACGAAAAGCUCAUCUCAGGAAAGCGCCAAGAGUUGGUCACCAAGAUCGACCACAUCCUGGAUGCUCUGUAGCCCAGGGUGUUUACAUUUGCAGAUGGCAUGGAUGGGGUAGAGGGUGCUUGAGCCAGGAUGGCACUUGCAAAAGGCCUCACAGAAGAGAAGGCCCUGCCUUAGGCAAUGCGGGAAGCUUGUCCCUUAUGUUUUAAUUUUUUUUGAAAACCUGUAGAAAAUUUUCAUUAAAAACAAUACAUCACGGCUGGA